UAUGUCAUGUUUAAGACUUAAGUUAUUUUUUAACUAAUAUGUCACUGCAGCUUGAUGAAUAGCGCACCCAUCGUAGUUUUCUGUAGUUACACAGAUGGUUUUACUGGUGUAAUAGUCUCGAUGCAGGCGUGAAAUUACAGUGGAUACUGAAUUCCAUGGGGUACCAAAACCAGCGUUUCACCGGUAAACUGUGUUGCGCAAAAUAACUUCGUUGUACAUGCUGUUAACGUACGGAGUUCCAGCCUUGUUAUCACACAAUUGUAUCAAAUUCAUGGAACAAGGAGACAUGCAGUCCUCAAAACUUCCAAUGUAUCAAGGCUCAAAAGAUAAUUUGGGUAACAGACUCCCUGCUUCCAAACCUAUGGACAAUGGAAAGAAGACCUUUGUUCCCAAGCUUGAGCUCAAUAAAGAAUUACCUGUUCUUUUCAACUUUGCUUCUAAAAGUCAAAACGGUGCAGUAUUCAAAGCACAGAAUACAGCUGCCAACCAAAGGAAAAAGCCUUCUACGUAUGCUGCCAGGGGACCGGCAGCACGACUCAAGUUGGAGGCAGAGCUCAGAGACAAGAAUCAAUUGCUUGAGGCCGCCAAUCAUCAGCUCAUUGAAAACUUGUCGGAAGCAAAGGAGAAUAUUGGAGAGCUGUUGGAGAAAAACACAAAGCUGGAGGGCAACAGUAAUGAACUACAAAAGCAGUUAGAGACCUGCAUGCUGUAUCUAGAAACCAGCAAUAUUGAUCCAGUUUCCGGUGGUAGAAUCCUUGAAUCAGCACAACAGAAUGAAGAGCAAAGAAAAGAAACCAUGAGUCUAGUCCAGGAUCUAAAGAAUGAACUCGAGCAGUUCAGCAGGAAUGCUGCUAUCCAGAGAGCACAACUGCAGGAACUGAAUAACAAGGGAAGAAUAUUAAAGGAAGAAAGAGGGAGUUGCCUUCAGGAGCAAGGUGAUUUUCAAGCCGAUUUGGAAAACAUGCAGAAAGAACUGGAGGAAGCACAAACGCUGCUGGAAACUAAAAAUGCUGUAAAUGUACAAUAUUUGUAAACUGUUUUCUAAUUAAAGUGUAUACUGUACUGUAUGUCUUAAGUCAUUCAUGAUUUCCACAGAACCCUUACAUGCUGGAUACCCCUCUCUGUAAAAGCGUGGUCAGCUUGAAAUGCUUAAUCAUUUAAAAAUAUAUUUGUAUCCCCUUCACAAGGCUGGAGAAACAAUGUCAGGCUGUUGAUAGGCUUGCAGGUUUAUCAGCUUUUUAAAUUAUUAGCUACACUGUAUACACUACUUUCUUCCCAUUUGUAUUUAAGUGCACUGUACCGCAGUGUUAAAAGAAAAUCUUCAAAGGAUCGCAACGUAUCCUGAUCAAUGCUCUGGUUUUCUGUUCCCACAAUAUGCCUGCAAUGUUUAGAAGGAAAUAAUCUCUUCGGUCCAAGUUUAUGUACCUAUGAUUUGUGAAAAUAAAAUAUAUAUCAAAACUA